AUGGGCGAGGCUGAGACCCUUCUCGACUUCCAGCUGGCCUUGGGCUUUCGAACAGGGCCGAUGAUCAUUCCCGGCAUUCAACCUGCUACUCAGGGUCUUGACGACCUCCUGCCUUGUCUACAAGCGACAGCAGCAGCUGGAGCCCGUUUCGAUAAAUGGCGUGCUCUGGGCCUCUGCAAUUCGUUAUCCCUACCCACUCAGGCUGAUCUCGAAGUCCAACAUAAAAGCUUUGCUCGCUCUGCUGUUAUCAGUCAACAAGCUGGUCUGACCAUCGUGGGACUUGAUAUUGAAGACGCGGACCUCAAGAAGAGCAUCGAGGUCCACAUGAGGAUAAUCAGUAUGUAUUAUGCGAGAUGCACUGCAUAUGGUGUGUUGCUGGAGGGUAAGAGCUACUUCCUGGCCUUGGGGGAGUUCGGUCGUGGUCUUUCUGACCUUGAUGCAGUGAAGUUCCUCAAUGCGGUCGAUAUUGUCGCCGACUAG